AUGGGUCUGCGGUGGCCCAGCGGCCCCGAGGUGCGGCUGACAUUGCUUCUUGGCGGCGGCGCGCGGCCCCUGUUCUUGUUGGCGCUCGAGGGCCGGGCGCCGGUGCGCGGGGCGGCCCCAGGAGAAAGCUACUUCGCACGACCGCGACUCGGCCCGUGUGGUGCUGAGGUGAGGCACCCGCUUGAUGGGGGCACAUUCGUGGCGUCAAGGUCGAUGCGCUUGCUGAGACCUUCGGCG